AGAGGGAUCGGGAAGGGCUCGGGGGCCGGCAUGGAGUCGAGGGGGCCGGGAUGGAGCACCGAUGUCACCUCCCUUUGCCCAAGAGGGGUCUUUCCCAAGGGCCGGUCUAUAAAGGCGCUGCCGGCCGCGGGGAGCGGCGCGGAGCGGAGGUGCGAGGCGGAGACGCGGUUUCUGAUCCCGGCUCGGAAGCCCUCGGUGCGAUGCCAUCCUGCCACGUGCCCAGUCUGAGGCAUCUGUCCAAGUUCCCCGCUCUCCUCCUGCUGCUGGCUGAGCUCGCCUGCGGUGCCCAGCCCACGUACCAGUGGAAGGAUGCUGUGACGAACGAGAGGAUCACCUGCCAGCAGUGCCCGCCGGGGACCUACGUGAAACGGCACUGCUCCAAGGACAAACCCACCAAGUGCGACCCCUGCCCGGAUUUGCACUACACUCGGUACUGGAACUACCUGGAGAAGUGCCGCUACUGCAAUGUCAUCUGCGGGGAGAAGCAGGUGGAGGUGCAGCAGUGCAAUGCCACGCACAACCGCGCCUGCCAGUGCCAGCAGGGCUACUACUCCAACAUGGAGUUCUGCAUCAGGCACUCGGAGUGCCCGCCGGGCUCUGGUGUUGUGAAGCCGGGUACCCCCUUUGAGGACACCCAGUGCCAUGAGUGCCCCCACGGCUUCUUCUCCUCCAACUACAGCACCGAUCCAUGCCAGCCACACCAGGACUGUGAGCAGCAGGGGAAGGUCACCAAUGUGCAGGGCAACAAGUACCACGACACUCUCUGCAUGUCCUGCAGGCUGGGGGGAGGAAACAGCACACAGGGAUCAGCUGCAGAAGAUGAUGACUGCAAACAAGCCAUGAUAGACUUCGUGGUGUAUCAGAACAUCCCCGUCAAGAAGCUGAAGCGCCUGCAGCAGAUCCUGGAGCGCUCCCCGAAGAAGCAGGCACCAUGGACCAGGGCAGCCAUCCAGGAGAAAUUCCGGGCUUUCCUCACUCACAAGAAGGAGGAGGACUCUGAAGUCACCAAGGAGCUGCUGGAUGCGCUGCGCAUGGUCAAGCUCCACUCCAUUGAGGAGAAGGUCCGCAAGCGCUUCCAGCUGCCCUGAGAUCAUGAACUGGACUUUUUGUGUGCUCUUUGUUUUGGUUUUUAUCUUCUGAGGCUUCAUUAAUUUAUUCAUCUUCCCAAACAUAACUUGAAAAGCAGCAUGAGAGAUGAGUGAUGGAGUGGCACUGUGCCAUGGCAGCUUUGUCACUGCUGCUGGGUCGGGAUGGG